CUAGACUGGCCAAUUUAGAUCCAGUCACUAAUGAAUGAAUGAAUGAAAGAAUGAAUAGUAGGCUUGGGUUGUAUCUUGGUGGCAGAGUAUGUGUGAGGCUGUGAAUUCAAUUCCUGGACUUUAAAAAACCACUUUGUGUAACUACUCUCAAAUCUCUGGUGGAUCUCAGGUGCCCUCUUUUCAGAAUUCUGUUACCCAACAGUUGAAGUUAAUCCCACACACAGUGAUUGGUAUUCUUUUUCAGUGACAAGAAAAGGCUUGCUUUUAAAAUAUAUCUGAAGUCAUCAAAGCAGUAUAGAAAUAGAUGUCUAGUAUAGAAGUCUAAAGUCAUCAAAACAAUGUAAUAUCCUGUGUGAAAGUUGCAAUGCCUGUGGCUUGAGUCCCUUGAUCAUGUGCCUUAAGGGAAAUCAGUUGGCGGAGGUAGUGGAUGACUGAGACUCUGGGGCCUGGCAGGUGCGUCUGCAGCUCACCUCACACUUGGGUUCCUCGGGUAGGAGGGGCUGGAGCCCUGGUCCGCUUUAGGACAAUGGUGUUCAGGCUGCUGCUCUUGGCACUCAACUUCAUCCCCUCAAUUCAAGUAGCAGAAAACAAGAUUUUGGUGAAGCAGUCACCCAUGCUUGUGGUGUAUGACAAUGAGGUCAACCUUAGCUGCAAGUACACCUACAACCUCUUCUCAAAGGAGUUCCGGGCGUCCCUGUACAAGGGUGUGGAUAGUGCUGUGGAAGUCUGUGUUGUGAAUGGGAAUUUCUCCCAUCCACUUCAGUUUCACUCAAAUACGGGGUUCAACUGUGACGGGAAUUUUGACAAUGAAACAGUGACUUUCUACCUACGGAAUUUGUUCGUUAACCAAACAGAUAUUUACUUCUGCAAAAUUGAGGUCAUGUAUCCUCCUCCUUACCUAGAUGAGAAGAGCAAUGGAACUAUUAUCCAUGUGAUAGAGAGGCACCAUCCGCAUCCUUGUGUUCGCCUGUGUUCUGAGUCUAAGCCCUUUUGGACAGUGGUAGUGGUUGGAGGAGUCGUGACUUUUUAUAGCGUGGUAGUAACAAUGGCCUUUUAUUUAUAUUGGAUAAAGAGCAAGAGGACCAGGCUCCUGCAGAGUGACUACAUGAACAUGACUCCCCGGAGGCUUGGACCCACCCGCAGGCACUACCAGCCCUACGCCCCAGCUCGAGAUUUUGCUGCCUACCGCUCUUGACACGGACGCCUAUCCAGAAGCCAGCUGGCUGGCACCCCUCCAUCUGCUCAACAUCACUGCUCUGGAUAGGAAAGGACAGCCUCCUCUGUAGCCAGCCACUGUGGGCCCCUGUUGGGCACUAAUGGCCCUUAGACCAAAUAUCAAGGAUCAUUUUGAGACUCUGACAUAAAGUUAAAGAAAUUUCCUAUGGCAGGCUAGAUUUUGCAGUGCCAUGACCCAAAUUCACAUUUAUCCUGUAUUUAUUGACUUGAUUAGAAAGUUAGAGUAGAAAACAAAAAGAGAAUGGAUUCUGUUGCCUUGUGAUCUGCUUCUAGGCUGCUGGCUGAGACUUGUUCCUUUCUUUUACCUGUACAGCUCAGUCAAGCAGAGUGUGAUUUCAAAGGAUGCUUUCCACAGAAAUCAUUCACUUUUUAAAAAUGGGUGUUUAAGGUGGGAAUAGAUUAGAAUGAGGGAGAGGGUGAGGAUACUUAAAUAUUUUAAAACCAUUAAAACACUGUUUCCCACUUAUGCGAUGAGCCACUUCUUUCCUAUUUAAUGCUGUUUUUCUGUCAGUUUAGAGAGGUGUAGAUGUUGUCUUUGAAUAAUUCUGACCAUAUUUUAUGUUUUUGACCAACGGAAUUCCCUCAAAGCAGUGCUAGGCAAACCAACUUGCUUUCUUCUUCUGAUGGGAAUUCAGUAUUAAUAUUCACAGCAUGAUUUGAAAAGGAUGAAAUAGUCCUCCCACAUCAUGGAGAAUGUAUCAGGAAUUUGCUUUGUAUUAAAAAUAGUUGUGUGCUAUGAAGCUCAUCCCAGUCAAACUCUAUCUGUUUCAGCUUUGCAUGACUGGUCUCUUUAUUAUCUGUGUGGAGAUCUGAGGUGGGAUGCUGACAGAGCAUCCCCAGGAGAUAGAUGCAGUGAUACUGUGGAAAGGAGGUGUUAUCCUUUAUUCAUUUAUGAGUUCCAGAAGCUUUUGCUGAAGAGAGGAGAAUGGAAAGGAGUGAGGCAAUUCUUGCUAUGUGCUAAGCAGUGACAGGCAUUGGGUGGUUUUCCAGGAGUCUUCAGACAGAAGGAUCCCCGGAGAGAAUUCCUUCACAGGGACUGUAAGUGUUAUGGGAUUCAGAGUUACAGAACUCUGUGGGCUCAGCUGCUCAUAUGCUCUUGAGGCCCAUCAACCUGGAAGAGUAUUUUGGGGUGUGUUUUUGGAGACAAUUUACACUUCUCAAGAGAUUCUUCAAGACCCAACUCUGGAAUGACCAUAGAUAUAUCCUUGUCUCCAAUUGUGGGUCAAAUGCAAUAUGUCUGGGAACCUUGGGAAAGGCUCUUCUGUCACCUUUACAGGCUACUCAGUCCUUUGGUUUACCUGGGUGUUAGAAGAGCCUGGAUUUUAGAGGCAGAUAACCCUGGUUCAAAUCCCAUUACUAGAUGAAUGGCCUCAGGCAAGUCACUGCUUAUCUAAAACUGGUUUUUCAACUCUAAACUGGAGAUUAUGAUCACAAAUGUCUGUUACUAUACUAUAAUCACCAUGAGGGUAUGACUUUGUCUACCUUUUCAUUACUUUUUCCUUGAAUUUAGUACCAUGCCAAACAUAUGUAUAAUUAAGCUGGACAGUGACCUAAGAAGGGAGAAAAAUGUAACAUAAAUUUAAUGUAGAAGUUAUGAGAAGGUAUAAAAUAUGAGAAACUUUUAACUUACAUCAUUCUCCUAUUUCUUAGACUACUUUAUCUUGUGAUGAAACAGGUCAGUUCUCCUCUUUUUUGGUAUAUAAUAAGGUUUUAACAUUUUUUUAAAAUGUGGGGGAAUAGGAAAGGGGAAGGAAUCUUUUUGUUCCAGACAAGAAAUAUUGUACUCUGGUUGAUUUUUGAAUGGAUUUCCAUUCCAUAAAUUUAAUUAAUUCAGAGAAGGUCAAACUUAGAAAUACUUGGGUGAUGAAGGGCUGUUGAGUACAGACUUGCAUUUGUGCCGGUGGCCAGCCUCUAGGCAUAUAGAGUUCUUCAAUCCAAGUAAUCACAUUGUGCUUGAAAAUGAUAGAACUGGGGAGUUUUAGAAAGGGCUGAGACAAAUAAAUAAUUUUUUUAAGUGGAAAGAUUUGAUCUUUGGUAAUAAAUGGUUUUGUUUUCUAACUGGAAAAGUAGGUUUGCCAAAGAUGAAUCACACCUGAGAUUUUUCUUACUCACUCUGAACAACCAAAGUAUAUAUGUAUAUAAGGAAGUCCAUUUUCACUUUUAAUGUGAACCAAGAAAUGAUUUAAAAAUAGUAGUUGAAUGCUUUUACAUUUCCAGGUACUGUAAUUAUAAAGAAAACAAUGUCAUUUGCUGCUAUUAUUGUAAGAGUCUUAUAAUAAAUGGUAUUCCUGGAAUUGUGAACUCACCUAUCUGAGGCUAAGCAUGCGAAUUUGAA